AUGGCACAAUAUGAAAACUAUUCAAAAGAUUCAUUCGCAACACUAAAAGUACAAUAUCAAUUAAUAAUCAGUAACAGUCAAUUUCUAAUACAAUCAGAUAUGUUGAGUCAAGAAAUUGGACAAAAGAAUAUAAAUAAACGAUUAAAUCGUUUUAGUGAUAUUCUACCGUAUGAUCAAACGCGAGUGAAGUUAAAUCCACUUCAAAAAAGCAAACAGGAACACGAUUAUGUAAAUGCAAGUUUUAUUUAUGAAAUAAUACCUUGUACAAGUGUUCACACACAUCCCGUGCUAAACAGAAAUAAAAUAGAGUACAUUGCAUCACAGGCACCAUUAGAAUCAACAGUUGGUGAUUUUUGGAGAAUGAUUCUGGAUCAAAAUAUCACCAUUAUCGUUAUGCUUACAAAAUUAUAUGAAGACAAUAUAUCAAAAUGUUGUCAGUAUUGGCCAAAUGAUAUUCAUGAAUUAUUAACAUUCCAGUCAGAUUGCUUGAGAUUAGAAGUGACAUUAUUAUCUGAAGAAGAUCAUCAUAUAUACAUUUUACGUAAACUAUACAUUACUUCUAUUAACAAUCAGUCAAAUAACCCAGAAAAUUCCAAAUAUGUUGUACAGUUGCAUAUGACGACUUGGCCAGACUUUGAUGUACCAAAUCUAAGUGAAUUUCAAACAUUUAUGAAAGAUUACCGUGAAUUAAAGUGUGCAGAAUCACAUCGAUAUUCUCCAACUCUUGUGCAUUGCACGGCUGGUGUUGGUAGAACUGGUACGUUUAUUGUUGCUGAUUUAUUACAAAUCUAUAAAGAAUCCAAUUGUGUUUAUUAUGAUAUACCUGGUAUCAUUUUACAAAUGAGACGAUGUCGUCCAUCGAUGGUACAAAAAGUUGCGCAAUAUAUAUUUCUUCACCAGUUUGUUAAUACAUUAUUUCAAUGA